AACACUAGCAUGUAAUUGCACGAGGCGCAACUCACACUGACUCCGCAAAAUUUGAGAAACCUGCAGGUUUCUCGCAUUCAGAUAGUCAGUUAACACCGUGCAUGCAGACCGUCUCCAUGAGGUGACGCCAUGCAACCGUGCAGUGUUUCAAAAACCAUUUUCUUUGCCACUGUAACAUUAAUUCUAAGCGUCUUUGACUCGUACGCAAUCACAAGCGAGACACUCCCAGGAACCCGGCGAGCAGAUGCCAUUUUGGGUGACCCGGAUGACACGAUUUUCAGCGGGCAUGCCUACCGUCGGAUCGUCGGUAAAUCUCGGCUGCACUGCGGCGCGACGUGCGCGGGAAACGCCACGGGAUGUCUGUCGUUUAACUACUGCCACGACACCAAAGUUUGCGAGUUGAACAGCGCCGGGGCAGCUCAGCACCGGCAGGAUCUGAUCCAUGCCGAGGGUUGCAACUACUAUGACACCUCCACCAGAUCCGUAUGCGGGAUGGUGACAGACACAACGUAUUACUACCGCUAUCUGCCAUCUGCAGUAGACGUCAGGAGACUAGAGUUCUGGGUCCAAGCCAGCCACGACGCCCACGUCAGUCUAAGCCCCGCCCUACCGGCCGACCCAGACGAAUUGUACGAGAUCGUCUUCGGCUCUGGGUUCAACCAGUGGGCCGACAUUCGGCGAUGCGCCCUGUGCCCGAGCGAAGUCGACGUGCCUGCGCCAGGUGUGGUCAGCGGAAGUCAGUUCCGGGGAUUCUGGGUAACCUUUGACCUCCAUACCGGACUUCUGGCUGCCGGAAGAGAAGGUCAAGUGACCCCCAUCAUGCAGUGGGUAGACCCCGCCCCUCUGGAUGUGAAGUACGUGGGGUUUUCAACAGGUUGGGGGAGUACUGGAAUUUUCCGCUAUUCGUGUUCAAUGUAGAUUUCAAACUUUAUUUUGAUGAUUGACUCUGAACUAAAUCGAAGUGACUUUUAAUUCAGUUAAAAAAAACUAUGACAGUAAAUACAACUGCUGCAAACUUCUCACUUACUGGAUGGACCUGAAGUAUACAAAUAAAAAAAAACCAGUGGGCCAAAACAUUUCGGUUCUGGUGGGACCUUUCUGAAAGGUAACACAAAUGUAUUCAAAAAAUAAAUUGAUAUUCGCUCUUUUCACACUCCGCCAUUGGGCAUGCACAUCACCUUAACGCAACAAGAAUAGCCGGUUCAAUGAUCUGAACCCCGACACGGGAAUCACUG